AUGAAUGAUAACGACACAACGACCAUAGUCGGGGCCAUCGUGGUUGUCCUUGCUGCGAUAUUGGUCGCUCUAAGAUUCUAUUCGCGGCAUUUCACCAAAGCCGGCUUCCGGUGGGACGAUUGGCUCAUCUUACUAGGACUAACAGCAACGAUCGCGACGGACGUCCUCAUCCUAUAUGCGAGUGGUAUCGACCCGACCGGCGACGAAGCGGCGUCCGGCGUAGACCUGAGCCACGUGUAUACACCGGCGGACGUCGAGUACACGAAAAUCAACUUCAUUGGAACGGUCCUCUACUUCACGAUCACCUCCACGACGAAGCUAUCGAUCCUUCUCAUGUAUAACCGGCUGUUCUCAACGAGUGGCUCAUUUCGCCUCCAAGUCGUUAUUCUCGCCGUGGCUGUUGUUGGUUUCUGGGUCGGAUGCACCAUAGCAGAUCUGCUGAACUGCAUCCCGAUCAAAUGGACGUGGCUGAACAGCCAGGUUGACCCGCGAUAUUGCUUCAACUAUAACAUAUUCUGGCUCGUAAGCGGUAUCGUGGAAGCGUGCAUCGACGUGCCCAUCAUUCUACUACCCGUAAGGGUGGUCUUCGGGCUGCAGUUGAGUAGGAGCAAGAAGAUCGCCGUUGCGGCGGUGUUUCUUUUGGGCAUUUUGAAUCGUCAAGGUGAUCCUGAGCUACGCACCUGGAAAUCGCAAUCCUUCAUUUGGGAGGACCGCCGUCUGGACCACAGUACAUUCUUGUACGGGCAUCGUCUGCGCGUGUCUCCCCAUAUGUUGGCCGCUGUUCGUGCGCCUAGCGAAACUCAGUCCGACAACUUGGCCGGCGUUUUCCUCGGUUCGGAAGCAUUGGUAUGGAUUCAGUGGCUGGUCUUCGAUGGAGCGAAACAGCGCGCACAGGAACUCCGCGGGAGAGGUUCAAAGAGGAUCGAAUGA